AUGGCAACUCUGUCCGACAAGGAGGCGUUUGAGAUUGCGUACGAGGAGGCCAAGAAGGGCUUUGAGGAGGGUGGUGUGCCGAUUGGCGCCGCCCUCGUCUCGGCCGACGGCAAGCUCAUGGGCAGCGGCCGCAACCUGCGCGUCCAGAGCGGCUCGGCCAUUCACCACGGCGAGACGUCGGCGCUCUUCAACAGCGGUCGCCGGCCCGCCGGUGACUACAAGGGUCCGUUGUUCCUGCUUCCCUCCUUUUUGUCUUUUUUUCCCACGCGCCUCGGUACUGACAUUCCCCUUUCCCUCCCUCCCCCCCCCUCGCCCACAGGCAGCACCAUGUACACCUCGCUGUCGCCCUGCGACAUGUGCACCGGCGCGUGUCUGCUGUACGGCGUGGGCCGUGUCGUCAUUGGCGAGAACCGGACCUUUUUGGGCGGCGAGGCGUACCUCAAGCAGCGCGGCGUCGAGGUGGUCGUGCUGGACGACCCGCGGUGCAAGGCGCUGAUGGAUGCCUUUAUCGAGAAGAGCCCGGAUCUGUGGAACGAGGACAUUGGCGUCGAGGAGCACACCCGCGUCAAGGCCGGCACCAUUGAGGCAUAA